UAUGUGAUUGUUGUUGUGGUUAUUAGCUGAGGAGCAUGAAUGAUAUCUGUUCAGUCUGUGCAUCAUGUAGCACUCCGUUAGUUACUUACUAAGAAAUUCACAGUAAGUAAAUGGCAGCCGCUGACGAGGAACAUAUGCAAAAGAAAUUGCAGUAUUGUCACUGUGUUUAAGGAAGCUGGGCGGUGUCUCUGUGUGGAUGGGUGGAGCUCGUAGUCAGGAAAUGUGUAAGAAACAAGUUGUGAAGUUUCCCUCGUUGUUCGCAUGAAGUCUGAUGAGGCUGAGAGAGCCCGCCACAUCACACGAGUCCAUCACCAUGAGGUGUAGCGGAGGACAUCUUAACGGACCUCAGCUGCAGCCGCACUGACGACUGCAAGGUGCUUAAAUGUGUAUAGAAACAAGCUGAAGAUGCAGGGGGCCAUUGCACGAGUGUGUGUGGUGGUGGCUGCUGCCAUCCUAAACCACCCCUUGCUCUUUCCUCAAGAGAACACCACGCUCCAGGAUCAGGACAAGGCACUGAUGGCUCGCAUGCAGGAGCACGAGGAGAGGCUGCAAGUGGAGCAGGCCAAACUAGAGAAAGAGCUUUCACAGCUGGAGGUGAAGCAGGAAGAAACCAGCUCAGAGGAGGAUGGUUAUAGUUGGUACUUUUGGAGCACUGUGUCUUUCAUCAUAUUCUUCACAAUCGAGAUGUACAGGGUAGAUCAGGGUGAAAUCCGGCCAGUUGAGGACGAAGAUGUGUUUCCAGAGAGCGGAUCGGUCACCCCCAGGACAAUGGUACUAGAUAAGGAUGUCCUGAGCAACUUCUGUGAUAAAUGCACCUACACUUCAUCCCACGAGAACUGGCGAGUGAGGGAGUUUGUGGAGGGUUUUGCUGACGACUUGCUGGAAUCACUCAGGAGCGUGUGUGACAGGGAGGCAGACAUGGAAGUCGGGGACUUUGUCGGGAUUGGAAGCAUGUUCGAGUCUUGGAAGGUGUGCAAGCCACUGAUGUGUGACCUUAUAGUGUCUUUCUCACCUCCAGAUCCGUACUGCUUCCAGUUUGAUCUGUGGUGUAGCCCCUCAAGCGACAUGCCUCCAGACAUGCAGGGCUGUGGCAAGAUAAAGGUGAUGAGGCCUGAGGACAGCUGUCUCUGUGGCUCUGCUAAUAUGGGAGAGGACAUGCUGUGUUUGUUGCACAGCAGGAAUGACACACUCAAAGUGGACCACAGUCCUGAUGAGCUGCUGUGCUCUAGGAACACAUCUUUCUUAGCCAAAGAUCAAGUCAUGAAGUGGUUUCAGAUCUCUGUAACCAAAGCGUGGGGUCGCAUCUCCCACAAAUACGACUUUGAUGUUAAUUUUCGCAACCUGGAUGCCGCCGGGGCACUGAAGAUCCGAUUCCGCUCAGGGAAAGUCAUCGUAUUAAACAUCAUACCAGUGGUUCAGAUGGAGGAUACAGAUGCUUAUUUUGUCUCACACUUUCCAGCAGAGUGUGACGGCGCUCCAGACCCAUACUGGCCCCUUUCUUUAGCUGUCUACGAGAGGAAUUUGCUGAAACAUUUUGCUAAGCGCCUACCACAACAUUCCUGUCAUUUACACUGCCUUCAGAUUGUUACUUUCCUUCACAGAAAGCAGACAGGGCUCACAGGAAAAAGCGCUCUUACCAACUACCACUUAAAGACCGCUCUGUUGCAUUUACUGCUGACUAAAAGGCCCUCAGCAUGGGGCUUUGAGAGUAUGGAGAACAGGCUCCGGGAUAUGCUCAGCUUCUUGCAGUGGAGCCUACAGGAGAAGAGACUCCAUCAUGCUCUGAUUGGGAACAGUAAAGUGCCAGAACACAUCCAGGUUCCUGAGAUGAUUCGCAAAGCGGAGCCCAUCAAUCUGUUCCGGUCUCUGGUGCUGCAGAGGGAGCUUCACGCAACAACAGUCAGGCAUUUCCAUGAGAUGUUGAGAAAUGCACCUGUGCUCAUACAAGAGUACACACCUCACCUGUCAAAUGGAGGUUUACACCACAGCCUAGAUGAAAGUAUAUGAGCUUUGGCCCUGUUUGUUGUCGAAGUGUUGCAUACUUUCAGGACUUGCAUAUCUUUAAAUAUUAUUCAGUGUUGCUACAAAGAGUCUCACCACAUAGUCACGUAGUGAAAUGAAAAGGUGCACAUACAACAGUCAUUUUAGUCAUAGCUGAUAUCUAGAGAUAUUGUGGUUUCUGCUGCUGCUUCCUUCAACUUCACUUGACAUUGCAACCAGUGUGUUGAGAAUAUGGCCUCCAAAAAACAGAAAUAUUUGAAAAGUGGUUUCUCUUUGUGAAAUCAAGAUGCAACAAGAGCAGCUUUUCUACAAGAUUCGAUGGGUAUAUUGUCAGAACAUUUAGACUGUUUCUGAAGCAGCAAAAAGUAGUGUAAAUGAAGGGUUAUGAUCAACAUUCACCUCAAAAAAGAUGAAGCAUUUCAUCAGAAAAAGAUUUUAAGAAAUACCUCUCAUGUUAAUCAUGUUCCAUACAAUACAGCAGUGUUUUUAUUUUCUUGCAUACUGUUGCAGAUCUGAUGGCAGCUAUUACAUUUUGUAAUGUUCAAGGGGAAUGCCAGCAUUUUUAAACCUGGGACAUAUGUUUACACAUUUUGGUGUGUAAAUGGAAAAAAAAGGUAUAGAAUGGGCCCAGUAAAUGACCUCGGCCAGCAGCCACACAACAAGCAAGUGUCUUAACAUAAAGGGUAGUAACUCUGCAGAGACAAACCUUUCAUCAGAUUGAAAUCCUUUUGUUAGAGCAGAAACAGAUGCCAUCGCUUUCCCCAAUGUGACCAGACUCCAUUAACAAAAGCAAUAAUUUUACCUCACAGAACACAGAAUCCUGUGUUCUGCAUGGCAGAAUGACCUUUUUUGUCAGUUGAUCCCGAUGGCUGUGAAGAAAGCGAUAUGAAAACUGUUUCUGGUUGAACAGAACUAUCCUGCUCUUUUAGAUUAAUCUAU